AGCAAACUAUAUAAAACACAUAGACAAGUAGUUGACUAGUAUAUAUUUAGUGCUACUUCCAUCACCUUGAUUACAUCCAUCUAUUCUUGUUUCUUCUUGUUUCUUUCUUGCUUGCUAAUAUGUCAGUGAAAAUAGCGGCUGUGAAUCCAGCACCGACGGUGGGGGUGGGGGUGGUGGUGAGAGAGUAUGAUGAAGAGGAAGACAAGGUGGGUGUGGAGGAGAUGGAGAGACGAUGUGAAAUUGGGGAAGGAGGAAAGCCUUCACUUGUGGCUGACCUUUUAGGUGACCCCAUUUGUAGAGUCCGCCAUUUCCCUUCUCACAUCAUGCUGGUCGCGGAAUAUGGAGAUGGAAGAGAGAUAGUAGGAGUUAUAAGAGGAUGUAUAAAAACUGUAACAAGAGGGAAUUCACUUUAUGUAAAGUUAGCUUAUAUUCUGGGUUUAAGGGUUGCUCCUUCCCACAGGAGGCUUGGCAUUGGGAAAAAACUGGUUCAGAAAUUAGAAGAAUGGUGUAAGAAAAAUGGAGCAGAGUACGUAUAUAUGGCCACAGAUUGCACCAAUGAAGCAUCCAUCAAUUUGUUCACUAGAAAAUGUGAAUACACCAAAUUCCGCACCCCAACAAUGCUAGUGCAGCCGGUUCAUGCUCAUUACAAAUCAUUAGGGUCAGGCAUAGCCAUCGUUCAACUCAAUCCAAAGCUGGCUGAGACCCUGUACCGACGGGCAUUUGCAAAUUCAGAAUUCUUCCCUAAAGACAUAGAAAAGAUUUUGUCCAACAAGUUGAGUUUGGGCACAUUCAUGGCCUUACCAAAGAAAAGUCUCCCCAAAUGGGAUCCCAAAACAGGGAUUCUUCCUCCAAGUUUCGCUAUCAUGAGUGUUUGGAGCACCAAGCAAUUGUUCAGGUUGCAGGUGAAAGGGGUGUCAAUGUUGACGUACGCUUGUUGCAUGGCUUCCAGGGUGCUUGAUGCCUGGAUGCCAUGGAUGAUGUUGCCUUCAUUUCCCGAUGUGUUCAGGAAGUUUUGGGUUUAUUUUCUGUAUGGUUUACACAUGGAAGGCAAGAAUGGACCCCGUCUUAUGAAAUCUCUAUGUGCCUUCGCCCAUAACAUGGGUCGAGAUGAUGAUGGGUGUGGGGCAGUGGUGGCGGAGGUGGGGCAGAGAGACCCUGUUCGAGAGGUUAUCCCACAUUGGAGGAAGCUUUCUAUGUCUGAGGAUUUAUGGUGCAUCAAAAAGCUUAAUUAUAGAUCAGACGAAAAAUGUGGACUGUCUGAUUGGUUGAACUCUCGACCUUCUUCACCAUUGAUUUUUGUCGACCCUCGUGAUAUUUGACAUUUUCUUUUUAAACUUUUGAUAAUGAUUAUCUUAAAUGAUCAUAGUUUCAUUACAAGAACAA